AGAACUCCAUACAGUUUACUAGAACUUCGAGAAGGGUUCUCAUUGUGUCGAUGUGUAAUGUUAGAUUUUGGAUGAAAAAUUGUGUGAUAAAGUAUUAUCUUGUUUACCGAGAGAGAACUUCAGUAGAACUUAGUAACUCAAUUGUGUGCAGUGUAGAUUUUGAACAUUCAGUUGAAGAACUGUAUAAUACUAGUAGAAGAAAAAAUGGCGAGUUCUAGGGUGGCAAGCAAGUUCCGCACCAGGUUCGACUACAGGGGGUACGAGGUAGCAAAAUGGUUCCCAGGACACAUGGCGAAAGGUCUGAAUCGAAUGCGGAGGCAAUUAAAGGGGGUGGACUGCGUCCUGGAAGUUCACGAUGCGAGAAUUCCAACCUCCGGACGCACCCCCCGCUUCCAGGAAACCCUGUCCGUUCGGCCCCACCUUCUCGUGCUCAACAAGAUCGACCUCGCCGACUUGUCCAAGAAAAAUGACAUCGAAGAGAAGCUGCGAAGACAGAACGUCGAACACCUCACCUUCUCAAGCUGCUGCUCCUUUAAGGACCAAGACGUGAAGCACAUCAUGCCUAAGGUAAUGGACAUCUUGGCCGCGUCUCCAGGCUUCUACAAGGAGGAGGACGAAGAUAUCACCCUGAUGGUCAUCGGCAUCCCGAACGUCGGAAAAUCCUCACUCAUCAAUGCCUUCAGAAGGAUGUACCUCAAGAAGGGGAAAGCCACGCCUGUUGGGAAGGACCCUGGGAUCACGCGCAGUGUCUUAACUAGAAUCCGCGUCUCCGACAGACCAUCUGUUUUUCUACUCGACACUCCGGGGGUGCUUUCCCCGAACAUCCCUGACGUGGAGACAGGAUUCAAACUGGCUCUCGUUGGCGCGAUCAAGGACCACCUGGUCGGGGAAGACUUCCUGGCCGACUACUUGCUCUACCGUCUUAACCGCGAGAAGAACUUUCGCUACGUGGAGCACUACAAGAUGCAGGAGCCUUGCGAUCACGUCUUGAAGAUGUUGGGGCACGUCGCGGUGCAGAUGGGAAAGACUCGCAAGAUCAGGAUGGAUUCCGGGACUGGCGCUGUGAUGGUGCACCAGCCGAACUUCCAACUCGCAGCGCUGCAGUUCCUGAGGGACUUCAGACAGGGGACGCUGGGGCCUGCAAUGCUGGACUGAACACACA